AUGCAGCCCCCGGCCCGCGAGCAGGACACGCGCACCAAGAGCAUGUUCGUGUCGCGGGCGCUCGAGAAGAUCCUGGCCGAGAAGGAGGCGAAGCGGCCGCCGCACGGGCAGCUGCGCAGGGCCUGCCAGGUGGCGCUGGGCUAUUUUAGAGAAGGCACUGCUGCUCCACCCAAAGCAAACUUCAUCGAGGCAGAUAAGUAUUUCCUUCCAUUCGAGCUGGCCUGCCAGUCCAAGUCUCCACGCAUUGUCAGUACUUCAUUGGAUUGCUUACAGAAACUCAUUGCAUAUGGACAUAUCACUGGCAAUGCUCCAGAUAGUGGAGCUCCUGGAAAACGGCUGAUUGACCGAAUAGUCGAAACAAUUUGCAAUUGCUUUCAGGGUCCUCAAACAGAUGAAGGAGUACAAUUGCAAAUAAUUAAGGCUCUCCUUACUGCAGUAACAUCUCCGUAUAUUGAGAUUCAUGAAGGAACAAUUCUGCAGACUGUUAGAACCUGUUACAACAUCUAUCUGGCCAGUAAAAAUCUCAUUAAUCAGACAACUGCCAAAGCUACCCUUACACAGAUGCUAAAUGUCAUUUUUACACGAAUGGAAAAUCAAGCUAUACAAGAAGCCAGGGAAGUGGAAAAAACAAAUAAUCAGAAAUCCCAAUCUCCUGCAAUUCAAAUCGUGACAAGGUCUCCAAAGAUUGGWCACUUAAAGCACAGUUAUCAGGAGAGCAAACCCACUGCUCCUGUAAGCCUGGAGUUAACUAAUGGUGAGCCUGAGCAGACAGAAAAUGGAGAGGUGAAGUCAGAGCAACAUCARCUUCCUUCAGUAUCAGAGGAAACACCUGAUGGAGGAAAAGAAAUGGUUAAAGACAUCUUGGAAGAUGUUGUCAAAUCAGCUGUGAAAGUGGCUGAAGAAAAACAUGUAAUAGGAACAGUCAAGGCUCAGCCUGUAUUAGAGACUCCAGAUAUUGCUCUUUCUGGCUCUAGUAAUGAAAAUGUACAAACAAAUGGGAUUCCAGAUGACAGACAAUCAGUUUCCUCCACUGAUAAUUUGGAAACAGAUGUGUCUGGACACCAAGCUGCUGCCAAAUUUUCCCAUGUUCUUCAGAAGGAUGCCUUCCUUGUGUUCAGGUCCCUGUGCAAACUCUCCAUGAAACCACUUGGUGAUGGACCACCAGAUCCCAAAUCCCAUGAACUGCGUUCUAAGAUAGUCUCUCUCCAGCUUCUUCUCUCAGUAUUGCAAAAUGCUGGUCCAGUUUUCAGGACACAUGAAAUGUUCAUCAAUGCAAUCAAGCAAUAUCUUUGUGUAGCAUUAUCUAAAAAUGGAGUCUCUUCUGUUCCUGAUGUAUUUGAGCUCUCUCUGGCCAUCUUUCUCACACUGCUCUCAAAUUUUAAGACUCACUUAAAAAUGCAGAUUGAGGUGUUCUUCAAAGAAAUAUUCCUAAAUAUUCUGGAGACAUCUUCAAGUUCUUUCGAACACAAGUGGAUGGUGAUUCAGACUUUAACUAGAAUUUGUGCAGAUGCCCAGUGCGUGGUGGAUAUUUAUGUUAACUAUGACUGUGAUUUAAAUGCUGCUAAUAUAUUUGAACGCCUUGUAAAUGACUUGUCUAAAAUCGCACAGGGACGAAGUGGACAUGAGCUGGGAAUGACACCUUUGCAAGAACUAAGCCUGAGGAAAAAAGGACUUGAAUGUUUGGUUUCUAUUUUAAAAUGUAUGGUAGAAUGGAGCAAAGACCUUUACGUGAAUCCCAAUCAUCAGACCACCUUAGGUGCAUAUAAACCGUCUGAACAGGAAAUGAGUGAAGGUAAAUGCCUUGACAGUGGAGGRAGACGAAGUAGCGUAAGUUCCUUGGACUCCACCGUGUCAUCAGGAGUUGGAAGUGUUGGUACCCAGACCACUGUCCCAGAUGACCCAGAGCAGUUUGAAGUUAUCAAGCAGCAAAAAGAAAUAAUUGAGCAUGGGAUAGAACUGUUUAAUAAAAAACCAAAGAGAGGAAUACAGUACCUACAGGAGCAGGGUAUGCUUGGCACUACCGCAGAGGACAUUGCACAGUUUCUGCACCAGGAAGAACGCCUCUGUUCUACCCAAGUAGGGGAAUUUCUUGGGGAAAGCAACAAGUUUAACAAGGAAGUGAUGUAUGCCUAUGUAGAUCAACUAGAUUUCUGUGGGAAAGACUUUGUCUCCGCUCUGCGGAUAUUUCUGGAAGGUUUCCGGCUGCCCGGUGAAGCCCAGAAAAUUGACAGAUUAAUGGAGAAGUUUGCUGCUAGAUAUAUUGAAUGCAACCAACGGCAAACACUAUUUGCUAGUGCUGACACUGCCUAUGUUCUGGCGUACUCUAUUAUAAUGCUGACUACAGACUUGCAUAGUCCACAGGUAAAGAAUAAAAUGACAAAGGAGCAAUACAUUAAAAUGAAUCGAGGAAUCAAUGACAGUAAAGAUCUGCCUGUAGAGUAUUUAUCCACCAUCUAUGAAGAAAUAGAAGGAAAGAAAAUUGCAAUGAAGGAGACAAAAGAAUAUGCAAUUGCAACCAAGUGUAGUAAGCCAAAUGUAGCCAACGAGAAGCAGCGGAGGUUGUUGUACAACUUGGAGAUGGAGCAAAUGGCUAAAACAGCCAAAGCCCUCAUGGAGGCAGUAAGCCACGCAAAGGCCCCUUUCACUAGUGCCACUCAUCUGGAUCAUGUCAGGCCCAUGUUUAAACUUGUAUGGACUCCAUUGCUGGCAGCUUACAGCGUUGGCUUGCAGAACUGUGAUGACACAGAAGUUGCAUCUCUUUGUUUGGAAGGAAUACGAUGUGCAAUUAGGAUAGCUUGUAUCUUUGGGAUGCAGCUUGAACGAGAUGCUUAUGUACAGGCACUUGCUCGUUUCUCCUUGUUGACCGCCAGUUCCAGCAUUACCGAAAUGAAACAGAAAAACAUAGACACCAUUAAGACRCUUAUUACAGUUGCUCACACGGACGGCAACUAUCUUGGGAACUCUUGGCAUGAGAUCUUGAAAUGUAUUAGUCAGCUUGAACUAGCACAACUUAUAGGAACUGGAGUGAAAACUCGAUAUUUAUCUGGCUCUGGGCGUGAAAGAGAAGGAAGUAUUAAGAGCUAUUCAUCUGGAGGGGAAGAAUUUAUGGGUUUGGGAUUGGGUAACCUGGUUGGGAGUGGAGCUGAUAAGAGGCACAUGGCAAGCAUUCAGGAGUCAGUGGGAGAGACCAGCUCACAGAGUGUGGUGGUAGCAGUAGACAGGAUAUUUACAGGAUCAACGAGGCUUGAUGGAAAUGCAAUAGUUGACUUUGUCCGAUGGCUGUGUGCUGUUUCCAUGGACGAGCUGGCUUCCCCACACCAUCCUCGCAUGUUCAGCCUGCAGAAGAUAGUGGAGAUAUCAUAUUACAAUAUGAAUCGCAUUAGGCUACAGUGGUCAAGGAUAUGGCAAGUGAUUGGAGAUCAUUUCAAUAAGGUUGGAUGUAACCCUAAUGAAGAUGUUGCCAUCUUUGCAGUAGAUUCAUUAAGGCAGCUGUCAAUGAAGUUUCUUGAGAAGGGAGAGUUGGCCAACUUCCGUUUCCAGAAAGACUUCUUGAGGCCUUUUGAGCAUAUUAUGAAAAAAAACAGAUCCCCAACUAUUCGGGACAUGGUCAUACGCUGCAUUGCCCAGAUGGUGAACUCCCAAGCUGGUAAUAUUCGYUCUGGCUGGAAGAAUAUCUUUGCAGUUUUUCACCAAGCUGCUUCUGACCACGAUGGGAAUAUUGUGGAGUUGGCCUUUCAAACUACAGCACAUAUCGUUACAAAUAUUUUUCAACAGCACUUUCCGGCAGCAAUUGAUUCAUUCCAGGAUGCGGUAAAAUGCCUUUCAGAAUUUGCCUGUAACGUAGCGUUUCCAGACACGAGCAUGGAAGCUAUUAGACUUAUUCGUUAUUGUGCAAAAUAUGUUUCAGAAAGACCACAGGUAUUAAGAGAAUACACAAGUGAUGACAUGAAUGUUGCUCCUGGGGACAGAGUAUGGGUCAGAGGAUGGUUCCCUAUAUUAUUUGAACUUUCUUGCAUCAUCAAUCGUUGUAAGUUAGACGUUCGAACAAGAGGCUUGACAGUGAUGUUUGAAAUAAUGAAGAGUUAUGGCCAUACUUUUGAAAAGCACUGGUGGCAAGAUCUGUUCAGAAUUGUGUUUCGUAUUUUUGACAAUAUGAAAUUGCCUGAACAACAAACAGAGAAAUCUGAGUGGAUGACAACUACAUGCAACCAUGCACUUUAUGCAAUCUGUGAUGUAUUUACCCAAUUUUAUGAAGCUUUAAAUGAGAUCCUUCUUCCUGACAUAUUUGCACAGUUACACUGGUGUGUAAAACAAGAUAAUGAACAGCUGGCUCGAUCGGGUACAAACUGUCUAGAAAACCUGGUAAUACUAAAUGGACAGAAAUUCAGCCCUGAAGUCUGGGGCCAAACAUGCACUUGUAUGCUAGAAAUCUUCAAAACUACCAUUCCUCAUGUCUUGCUUACGUGGAGGCCUGCAGGCAUGGAGGAGGAUUCAGCUGAAAAACACUUGGAUUUGGACUUAGAUCACCAGUCUCUAAGCAGCAUGGAUAAAAAUGCUUCAGAAAGAGGACAGAGUCAAUUUUCAAAUCCUACAGAUGAGAGCUGGAAAGGUGGUGCUUAUACAAACCAGAAACUAUUUGCUGGCCUCCUUAUAAAGUGCGUAGUACAGCUGGAAUUGAUACAGACCAUUGAUAAUAUAGUAUUUUAUCCAGCAACAAGCAAGAAGGAAGAUGCUGAGCACAUGGCUGCAGCUCAGAGAGAUGCCCUGGAUGCAGAUAUCCAUAUAGACACAGAAGACCAAGGAAUGUAUAAAUAUAUGUCUUCACAUCACCUCUUUAAGUUACUAGAUUGCUUGCAAGAGUCCCAUUCAUUUUCAAAAGCCUUUAAUUCAAAUUAUGAACAACGAACAGUGUUGUGGAGAGCAGGAUUCAAGGGUAAAUCAAAACCCAAUCUCUUGAAACAAGAGACGAGCAGCUUGGCUUGUUGCUUGAGGAUACUCUUUCGAAUGUACAUCGACGAAAACCGCCGCGACUCGUGGGAUGCCAUCCAGCAGCGGCUGCUCAGUGUGUGCAGUGAAGCCUUGGCCUAUUUUAUUACGGUGAACUCGGAAAGCCACAGAGAGGCAUGGACCAAUCUACUGCUGUUGCUUUUAACAAAAACACUAAAAAUUAGUGAUGAAAAGUUCAGGGCACAUGCUUCAACGUAUUAUCCAUACCUGUGUGAAAUCAUGCAGUUUGACCUGAUUCCUGAGCUUCGAGCUGUGCUACGGAAGUUCUUCCUGCGCAUAGGGGUUGUGUUCAAAAUCUGCAUAACAGAGGAGCAGAUACGGACAGCUGGCACAAAACUACCCUCGUGGUAGCCCGACAUAGAGUUAGUUACUGCUGCUUGUACAUAAAGCUACGUUCCACAGAUGGAUUCAAGUGGAUAGCGGCAGGGGGAAAUGGGACCCUGGUAAAUCAUCAGAGUAGCAAGUUACUCCCACCAUAGUGACAGUUUUUGGAUGAGGAAAAUAAUCUAUUCUGCCCGUCCUACAAAAUUAUCAGUUUUUUAUUUAAUUUAAAUUGUUGCUUACAGAGUUAAUACAGUAGAAGUAAAGUCUGUUUCAAUGCUAGUCAUACUUAAUGAUCAAGUCUGUCUAAUCUAAUUGUUCAGUCUUGCAUCCCAGCUAAAUCUUAAAUCAGCUGGAAAUUAUUCCUCAAUGGAAAUGAUGCCCCUUGGAAAUAAUGAACAUAGCUGUAUAGCCUUGUGAUGUUAGCACAUGUGUUCUAAAUAAACUAUGCUGCAGUGCUAAUCACCACCUAAGAUCAUUCUGGGUUUUUCUUUGUAUGCACCUGACUAGACCACGCAGAGCAGUUUUUAGUUGGGUUGUUGUGGGCACCUGUAGGAUAUUCCAGUUUGGGGAAAGGGUUUUUCCUGCUGUUUAGCAGUUCAUUUUACAAGACUCUUUUUGUUUAAUAGCAGUGUUUCAUAUUCUGAAAUGUUCUUCUGUUCUUAUGAAAGGUUUUAUAUCAGGAGUGAAUACUCCUGAGUAAUAUUUACUCUAGCUUGUUAGUCUUGCAUUAAUUUAAAGCAUUAAAAUGAAACACUUUCAAACUUUCAGUUGACUUUCCUACGCUGCUGGAUCAUGGACCAAGUAUCUAAAGUGAUAUGAUAAAUGAGGUUUUGAAUAAAUAAGUCUUUACCCUGACCAUAAUAUAUUUAGUCAUAAUUCUGUUUAACAAGAAGUGACCUAUCCUUAAUACAUAUCAGCAUUGUGGUUCUUUAUUGCAGAUCCGAAAGUGCUGAUUGUUCAUAUGCCUUUUUUUGUUUGUUUUUCAGUGUCUCACUUGUAGUUCCUUAUUGUGAUUUGGAAAGAUUUAAAAAAAAAUGGAACUGGGAUGCUUUAAGCAAAUUGGAACUUUAAGCUUAUAUGUGUACCACAACAGUUUGCAAAAUACUUCUGUGCUUGGAAGUAUCUAUAAAACAAACAUGUGACCUGACACUAUGUAGUGUUUUCCCUGUGAAUUUUUUUUUUUCUUAGCAAGACUUCAGCUAAUUGAUAUUAUACCAUGGAAAUAGGUGUCACAGAGAACUGAAGUACUGCAGGGUUGAAAAAUCUGUCCUUUGAACUGAUUUUAAUUGCAAAUUGAGCUUUCUCUAAGCAAAGCUUAGCAGGGUAGUAGGGUAGGUGCCACCUCACCUAAUAUGAAACGUGUUAAUGUAUUCAGCACUGUGCUAUCUAUAUUGGGAACCCUGAAAUAUUACAGUAUUUUAAAAAAUGGAAUGGUAUUAAAUACUAGACUUUUCAUUGUGAGGUGAGCUUUC